ACUGGGCACCGCCCCCCGUCGCGAGUCCACCUCCCUUGACUUCGACUCCACACAGCAGCGACGCCACCUACUCUCUCUCUCUGUCUCUCGCUCUCGCCGUCGCCGAGCUAGUUGAGCCGCGGAUGGAUAGCCCCGGUGGUGCGGCGGCGGCGGCGGCGGCGGCGGAGUCCAGCAAUCGCGCGGGAGAAGAUGCUAAAAGUGAUGGUGUAUCUUGUCAGAAUUCGCGACGGCCAAACCUUUCAUUACAAAUACCAAACAGGGCAUUUGAUGACACUCUGCCAACGUCAACUAGAAUCAAAAUAUCACCCAGCCCAAAUUCUGCAAGAAGUGGUUUACCACCAAGGCCGAAUUCAACUAGAACAAAAUCAUCCAUCAGGGGCAUCAUUCCACAAAGGAGCUUCAAAGCAAAGAGUUCAUUACAGGAUGGUGACCAGACAAUUCUUCUAAUUCCUGACACACCAUCAUCAUCAGGACAGCAGGUGAAGGCAACUACAUCAAGAUCAUUUUCUUUCACAAAGGUCAUCAACUCCUUAUCAGCGAAGCGAACCCACUCUCUUCCAGUUACUCCUGUUGCAGCUUCAGGACCUUCUUCUCAUGAAGGUCAUGCAGACAACCUGCCAAGUACAGUUAAGAAUGAGGUUGAAACACAAAUUAGGCGCUCACUCUCAGCACCAGGAAAUCAUGAUAGUAAGGAUCUGAGGAGGACGGCUUCAUCAGGCCUUAUACGUGUGAUUCCCACAACCCCACGACCUGUUCCUGUUGAAACUGUUGCAUCAAAUGAUGGCAUUGAAGAAGCAGUAGAUGCUCCUGAAGAUGGAGGUGAAGACAUUCCUGAAGAAGAUGCUGUCUGCAGAAUUUGCCUAGUUGAACUCAAUGAAGGAGGUGAAACACUUAAAUUGGAGUGCAGCUGCAAGGGAGAACUUGCUCUUGCACACCAGGAGUGUGCAAUAAAAUGGUUUAGCAUCAAGGGAAACAAGACAUGCGAUGUUUGCAGGCAGGAAGUUCAGAAUCUACCUGUGACUUUAUUGAGAAUACAGAUUCGAACUGUUAACAGACAACCGCGGAAUGGUGUUCAGCAAAGAGCAGCACAUCCACACAGAUUUUGGAAGGAGACUCCAGUUCUAGUCAUGGUCAGCACGCUUGCGUACUUCUGUUUCUUGGAGCAACUCUUGGUUGCUGAUAUGAAGUCACGUGCACUAGCUAUUUCUUUGCCUUUCUCCUGUCUCCUGGGCAUAUUUUCUUCCAUCCUCGCAUCCACAAUGGCAACCGAUAAUUACCUAUGGGCUUUCGCUACGUUCCAGUUUGCUUUCCUAAUCCUAUUUGCUCAUAUUUUCUACAACUUGUUAAAAAUGGGGGCAGUCCUUGCAAUCCUACUUGCAUCGUUCACUGGUUUCGGCAUCGCUAUUAGUCUAAAUGCAAUGCUAAUAGAAUACCUGAGGUGGAGACUCCUGCGGAAUCAACGGUUAACUCAACGUAGAAAUCACAGACAUGGUCAAUCUGGAAACAAUGCUUCAAACGAGAACACUGCAAGUAAUGCUAGGCAGCAAGGCAGCGGAAGCGAUCAACAGUCUGCAGAACAUGGCUGAAGAUGAUCCAUCUGUGGUUUUGCAGGUAUCAUGGUGAUGAUAAAUUGCUGAAUUCUGCAGAUUCAAAAUCAAAAGUGUUAAUGAAUGAAUGGAAUAAAGGCGCCACUGGUAAAACCGCAAAUCUGCAAUUCCAAGAAUGCCAUGGCCGGUUGCCACCUAAGUUGAUCGUGAAACAAAGUUAUUAUUCAGAAAAAGGGGGCUCUCAAGUCUCUCAACUCUGAACCAAAAAGGUCCAGCAGUCUCCAUUUACUCCCGGUUAUAGUUUAGUAGUCCAGUGUGAUAUGUGUGUUUAUGAAAUGUAUAAAUUGCGAAAGCAAAUACUACACACCGACCUUUGUAUCACAACCAUGAACAAACUGUAUAUAGCUCAUCGUUGUCGAUUUUACUUUGCUGCAAACUGUGAGAUGGAGAUGCUACAAUUCUCUGAAUUUUCUUUCUGCAGUCAGGUUCCCUGAACUGUAUAUCCAACUUCGACGAAAUCCGAGACAUGGUGAAGAUGUUUGUGAA